CGGUAACCGGGAAAUUGGAAAGUUGUCUCUCCCUCUGCCCGGAUAAACUGUGUCGCAAUGUUUGUUUGAGCAACAGUCAGUUGCUCGGCUUGGCAGUGAAGCCGAUGAAGUGAGCGGCUCCGCUGCAGUUGAGCAGCGGGUCAGCCCAGUGCGGACACCAGGAGCGGCUCGGCUGGGCUCUCCCACCGUCCCACCUCUCAGCCCUCGGCAUGGAGCAGACGCAGGCGGGGAAGCAGCAGGAACAGCAGAAAGGCUUCAAGAAGAAAAUCAGCCGGGUUUUCCAACGCAGCAGGUCGACCGGAGAUCAGAGCGGGGAAGAUGCCCAGAGCGAGUGCAAGGAGUCGCCGGCUGCCAGCGGCAGGAGGAGAAGCUGGGGCUCCUGGCGGCAGAAGAAGAGGUCUCCGCAGCCCGUGCCCCCGACCCCGCUGCUGGUUGCAGCAGGAGACGGCCGACCCGCCCCUACAAGCAGCUUCACAUCUCUCCAAACCAAUGAUUGCAUUCAAGCUGAACAAGUCACACGAGACUCUAAGGUGGUGUACAACUAUAAUCAGAUAGCAGAUGCUAUUCAAAGCACAGAGCUGGAACCCAAAAGCCCAACUGGAAAAUCUACCAAGUUUCAAAAUAUUCGUUUUCCGAGCUCCGGAAAGGCAGAAGAGGGUAAAAGAAACCAAGUGCUGGAUUAUUUGGGAGGUAUUUUUAGUUCUGGUAGGAAAAAAACUUCGAAAAAAUCAUCUGCAGUGCCUUUAAGCCCUGGCAAUUCUGUUGAGGAAUCUCCUCCAGCAACAAAAGACUUAAGUUCUUCUGGGCAGAACUCCCCAAGUAACGUUCAGGAUUCAGGAUUUUCCCAAGACCAUCGGAGCGAAGGACUGAUUGAGACUGAAGUCCCUGACCAAUGUCUGGCAGAGAUAUCUCCAGGUUCUCCGGAUGAAAGCUGCCCGUCAGCUGCCUCCAGUGACCUGGGCCAGCAGACUGUAAGUUCACCUGAAACUAAGAAAGCCACGAUAAUUGAUAUCAGCCUGCAGAGCACAGAGAGAGAACCUGAGCCCAAAGGUGUUAGAGAGCAACUGUCUCCAGAGGUUGUGCAUAGUAACCCAACAAAAGAAGUUUUAAGUGAUGUGUCAAGCACAUUGGUAAAUAACUUGGAGACGUCGUUAUCAUCUGGCUGCACAGGUGCAAUUUUGCCAUCUAUUGACAGAACUGUAAAGGAAUGUGAAAUUGCUAAGCCCAAUGACACUUCUUUUAAUGAAAACAAAUCCCAGGACUCCCAACAACAGAAAGACAACAAAUUUGUAAAUAGUGACAGACUUACUGAAGGCCAGUAUGACUGCAAAAUUGAUGAUAAGUGUGUAGAUAUUCCAGCCAUAAAGGAAUACAUUUUGCCAAUAUCUGAGACUGUGAGAAUUGAGCAGAUAGCCAGAGUUGCUGAAAUUGACAUACAUGUUCCCAAAGUCGAAGUAAAUUCAAGUGUAAAAUUGUCAGAAGCAUCUGUUUCAUUGCCUGUUAACAGCAUUGGUGUGGAAUUGAAAGCAUUAGAAAAGCCAUUGAAAAAUGAAGAAAAUAAACAGUUGAACCAUUCCACAUUUCAAAGAGUUAAAAAGGAAAUUGGGAAUCCUACAAUUUCUGAAAAAACAUCAUUUACACCUGACUUGGCAAAGCAACAGAUUCCAUCAAAGAAAGACGAACUCACAGCAGGUGCUACUAAAACUAAAGUGGAGGAGACCGGGUCCUCUUGCAUAACGUGCAUCGGUGAAGAUACAGCAAACUUACUCAAAGUUGAGAGGCACUCAACAGAUAACCUAUCAGGAGAAAAUCUAAAUGGUUUAGUGGAACAAGAAUCAAAUACAGAUAAGCCUGUCACUAAUUCUCAAACUAAUGUAGGACAUUUUAAAAACACAGUGGAAAAGUUGGAUUUUCUGGAUUUAAAAUUUGAUUUAAAUACAGCAACUCUGGUGUCCUUUGAGAUGGAUAAAAAAUCACCCUCAGAUGGCAAACGAGGCGGAAGAAAGGGAAGAAAGAGGCGGUCUCUGAAAUCUGAUCAGUCUGGUCAGAAUACUGGGAUUGUAGAUACUAACACAAUUGAAGAAACUUUGAAAGAAAAUGAUUUUGAUGUAAAUGCGGUGAAGCUCCCACAGCAGUCCCCUGAAGUCCCAGUUAAGAUGUUGCCAUCACCAAAGCAAGGCACUUCUCCAUUGAUCCAUCGUAAAACAUUACCAAAAUCUGUUACAUUCACUGAAAAAUCUGUAGAAAGUGUUUCCAAACCAUUUGCAUCAAGAAAGAAGUCUUCACAAAGGGGAUCUUUCAGUCCAGAUAAUGAAAUAGAAUCUCCAGUAAAAGGUUCUUCAGAAAAGACAUCAAAUUCAGAAGCCCAGUUUGGAAGUUCUGUAUCUGUAAUAUCAUCACACAAAAGUACUCCAAUUCCUGGUCAGAAAGUGGAAAGAAAUAAUUGCAAAAGUUCUGAGGUAGCUUUUGUUGAUUCUACAAACAACGAGGCUUUCAACGUUUCUUUACCAGGUGCAAUCAUUGAUAAACUGGGUGAAAACACGAUCGCUUUGGAUUCUGCAAAUCAGAACAGUGAUGUUGAAUCAGUUAGCUGUAUAUCUAAUCAGCAAAGUGUGGGACACUUCAAUGUGAGUCAUAGUGUGAUUACACAGGAAUCUGGUGCUGACUCUGAAAGACUGAAAACUCAGAAAAUAAAAAACUCAAAAGGAAAAGGUAGCAACAAGAAUGUAAUUACUUCACAACCACAUUCCACUGUGACUACAAGAAUAAGACUUCCAUCAAGUGAAAAGGGAGAUGAAUCUGAUGCCCAGAGCAACCCCUCAAACCAGCUGGAGCACUGCACUGAAAUCAGAACUGAGGAAGAAGAGACCAUUAGAAUAACACUACCUAAAAAAAAGAGUGCCACAAGCCACCACACAGUUGACUUCUUUACCACUAAGGACCUGCCUUUGGCCUCUAACUCAAAUAAAACAUGUGUCGGCAGUCUAAAGAUUCAAAUACAAAACAAAUCUGCCAGGCGGACAGAUGGCACUUUAACCGUAAUUGGUAAAAGGCAGCCAAACACAUUAAAGAAUGUUGAAGCAGCUGCUGGAGUAAAGGUAGACACGAGACCUAAAACAGAUGAAAUUUCCAAAGUGAAAGCUGAUGAUACAAAACAUAUUUCUGAAGAAGGGCAUAGAAACGAAGGAGUGAAGACCGCAAGUGUCCAUGUUGAAAAUACAUCUUUAAAAACCUUUGAUGAUAUGGAUGCUGGUAGCUCAGAAGCAAGUUGCUCACUUGAGACUGUAUCUUCAGCAUUGUGUGAACACAAUGAUAUGAAAAGCCAGUCAUCUUCUGUGGAUACGCAAACCUCUGAAACAUGUUUAACUGAAAUUGAGAAGGGUAUCACCUCAAAAAGUACUAAAAGGCAAGAGGAACAUCUAGAUUCAGCUGUCGUUCCUCUUGUUCCAGCUGUGCCUUCGACUGGAGCAGAAUUGAAAAGUGGAGAAAUGGAAGGAAAGGCCACAUUGCUUCCAAGUGUACUGCUGUCUGAAAACAGGAAAGAAGCCUUGACCAACAGAGUUAAUGGGAGUAAAGCCAUUAUGGCUGAAGAAAAUCCUGGGCUUGGUCAGCAAAAUACACCUAAAGUAGAAAAUCAAGAUUUUGCAGUUAAGGACACAGCAAUGCCACAGAAAGUAGAAGCACCCACAGCUGUAUUGUCUGAUAAGGACAAGAAUGAAAGCCUUGAUCUUAACCAAAGGGGGAGGUCAAGUGAUGUAAUAGUCGGAACUGUAAUAUCUGCACAGCAGAGUCCACCAACAUCUCAAUCAAUGGAGGAUGUAGCUUUGUCUCAGGGUUCACAGGCUUCUAAAACCAUGUCUGAAAUUGAGGAGAAAAGCACAGCAAAAACUGCUAAUGAGAGACCUACUGACACAGGUAUUACAGUAGGUAAGCUUGUUCACAGAGUUCACCAGUGUUGCAAAUUAGUGAUGGCAAGCAAAGAGCUCAUCUCAGUCCAAAGAAAUGUUUGAAAAACCUGAAUCUGAAAUAAAAACAGAUACAAGUGCCAGCUGUGCUAUUGAACAGCAGGAAUGCUUGGUACUUCAGCAGUUGAAGAUGCCUCAACUCGUAAAGUUAAGUUC